UUUUCAAAGAGAGAGAGAGAGCAGGAGACAAACAAUGAAUCGAGCUUCUAUUGAUUCCGUCACUGAUCAACUCUCAAGGCUGUUGUGCCUGCCAAACUUGCCCUUGCACAUGAAGCAGCAAAUUCAGAGCCUUCAACUGGAGCUAAGGUUCAUGAAAAUGUUCUGCUGCUGCUUGAAAAACUGGAUUGCUGCUGCUGAUCAUGAGAACAUGCAUUUGGGAUCAGUACGAAACAGUACCGAAGGCACUGUGGAAGCAUCAGGAAAGGGGCUAUACAAUGCUGGGUAUCGUGCAAUAAUUGGAAAAUAUUUCAAAGAUUGGGAACUCCUGGCAUCUAAUAUGCUAAGAGAAGUUGAGAAAUGUAAGCCAGAAAUAAGAGAAACUGCCAUUUCUUUAUUUGAUCUUUCAUCCCAAUUCAUAGCUCCCAGGGCUGUUGACGAGAUCCUGGAUUUCAUUGAUUCCAUUUUAAUGAAUUUGAAGGAUCUUGUCAGCUUGAAAGGUGAAGUGAUUAUUGUCUCAGUGAAGAAGCAGAUCGAAGUACUCGAAGGGAAGCUGAGGUUUCUCAGAAACUUCGUUGACUUCGUAGCAAGAAGAUGUGGCAACCAGGACAAAAUGGAGGAUUUCAUGACUACCCAUGUUCAAGCAUGGGCAAGAAACUCUGCUUGUUUGUCACUGCUAUGUUGGACAGAUGGCAUGAACAAAGACAAGGAACCCCAGAGGAAUGCUAUGCUUCCUCAGUUGCUACUGAAGAUCAUGCCUUGUAGUCAAGCAGUUGCGCAGAUGUAUCUUGAACUCCUGAAGUCAACGCCAUCUGACACUCUUUUAAUGGGUGAAAUUGUUGCUGGCUUUGUCGAUUCUCUCCUAGGAAAUGCAGUCAAAUCUUUAAAGGUUGAUCUUGCUAUCCUUCGAGAAGGACUCCUGUUCGCGAUAACAUUUCUGGUGGAUCACCCAAAAGAGUCACCAAGAAAAACUGAGUUUGCUGAUAUGGUUGAGAGUUUGGUGAUAUCUGUCAUUUGCUCUCUUCAUGUUGCUCAAACUGAAGAUGGAGCUUCCAAGGCAAGAAAUGAUAAUCUUUCUGAUUUUCUGAAAAAGAUAGAGAAAGUCAAGGCAGAGGUCAGGGAGCUUUAUAUCCCCAUGCCAAAUUCAUUGGAGUCUAAUUUUCCCAGGACUAAUGGAAUGGGAUUUAUUGAUUUCCUCAUGGGAAACUUGAAUGACAUGAUGCAGUACAAGGCCAACCAUAUUCCUUUUGGGGAGCAUAAAGUUAUGGCAGUCCUCGAGGUGCUGUCAUGCUUUAGGUCCUGUCUUCACGAUACAGAGAACGUGCAAAAUGACUAUCAGGAGGUGAAUGCUCUCCAGACACGGAUUAUCAAUCUGGCAUACCAGGUGGAAAAUGUAAUGAAUUCAUGUGCUAUUUCAGGUAUUCCUAUUUGGUAUCAGAUUAUCUGCUUCUCUGAUAUCCAGGAAGAAAUCAAUUUUUGCGGGACUGAGAUCGUGACCAUGAAGCAGAAAUACAAUAUUGGGAAGCAAAUUGCUGAGACAACUUCCAAGCUUGCCCAUUCAUCACGAAGUAAUAAUUCAAAAUUUGAUGAAGAUGUUGUGGGAUUCAAGGAUGAGGCGAAUCAGAUAAUUGAUUUGCUUACAAGUGGAUCGAAGAACCGAGAGAUUGUCUCAAUUGUUGGAAUGCCAGGUGUAGGUAAGACCACUCUAACUAGGAAAGUUUAUAAUGAUCCUUCAACCACACUGACUUUCACGAACUUGCCUGGUGUUAUGUUUCGUAAGUAUAUACAAGCAGAGACCUAUUACUUGCCAUUUUAAAGUGUCUUAGUGUCAGUAUUGAUGAUGUUAAGCUCUCAAAGAUGAGCAAUGAAGAUCUGGAGGAACAGCUCAGGAGAUGCUUACUGAAACAAAGGUACCUCGUGGUAAUGGAUGACAUUUGGGAUAUUAAAGCUUGGAAUGUUGUAAAACAGUCACUUCCAGAUGAUGGAAAUAGAAGUAGAAUUAUUUUCACGACUCAAAAUCACCAUCUUAUAUCAGAUGAUCAAGGAAGUAGCAAAACUUAUCUGCUUUCUCCACUGAUUGAGGAGAAACCUUGGGAGUUUUUGCAAGAGAAGAUAUUUCACAAAGAUGCUUGCCCUCAAGAACUAUUGGAAAUUGGAAAGAGAAUUGUGGAACAUUGCGAAGGAUUACCCCUGGCAAUAACUGUUAUUGCAGGUCUCCUUGCAAAGGAAAAGAAGAAUGUAGGAUGGUGGAAGCAAGUAGAAGCAAGCUUAAGUUCUGACUCAACCACAAAGGGAUACAUGGGAGCUAUAGAACUAAGCUACAAGCAUUUAAUGGAUUAUCUAAAGCCUUGUUUCCUAUACUUUGGAGCAUUCCGGAAGGGUGAAGUAAUUGGUGCCAGAAAGUUGACCCUGUUAUGGAAUGCCGAAGGCUUUGUAAACAGAAACCAGAGGAGUUGCUUUGAGGUCGUGGCGAAGGAGUACUUGAAGGAGCUUAACGAUCGAAGUCUAGUUAUUGUUUCUGAAAGAAGGUUCAAUGGGGGAAUAAAAGCAUGUCGCCUCCAUGAUCUGCUACACAAAUUUUGCUCAAAAAAAGCAAAAGACGAAAAGUUUUUACAUGUGCUGGAACGGUCUGAGGAUUCGGAUCAUAUCCUUAAUCCUGUAAAGCAUGAUCAAUAUCAAUUAUGCAUUCAUGCGGAAUCCACAGCUUCUGGAAGUUUGAAACCCGCUUGUCAACGUGUGAGUUCUCUGCUCUUCUUUCGGAAAAGGGAUGGUUACUUUUAUGAUGAUGAUGAUAGCUAUGCUUCCAAUUUUUCCACUGACUUCCUAGAAAGUUGUAAACUUAUUAAAGUUUUGGAUUUGAAGAGUGUCUACUUGCAUUCUGGCUUCCCGAAAGAAAUUGUAUCAAUGGUGCAUUUGAGAUAUGUAUCAAUUGGUGGUAGUUUUACAGAAGUUCCAGCUUCAAUAGCCAACCUCUGGAACCUGGAAACUUUUGUUGUGGCAAGUACUAAAACCAUUUAUUUGCCGGAUACAUUUUGGAGGAUGAAAAGUUUAAAGCACGUGGAUGUCAGUGAAAUGGCGAUCAUCUCUUUAGGGGAGUAUGAGGUUGAGGAUUCCUGUCAAAUGGACAAUGUGGAGACUUUUCUUCGCUUGCUUUCACUCAAGGAGGAAAUAUGGAGAAGCUAUUGAGGAGGUUUAGGAGACUUCGGAAGCUGAGAUGUGUAAUUGUGGAAUCAAAGAAGUGCAGGAGGAAAGGAAUUCAGUUCCCAGCACUGGCCUCCUUGGAAGAUCUUGAGUCACUGAAAAUGUCUACCAAUGCCUCUCAUGACCAAGGGUUUUAUAGUUGGAUGCGGAUUCAGUUUCAGGCAUUCAACUUCCCCACAAAGCUGAAGAAACUAACCUUGUCUAAACUUGGUCUACCAUGGACUGCCAUUUCGACAAUUGGGGAGCUACUCGAUCUUGAGGUGCUCAAGUUGCGGGAAGGAGCCUUUAGGGGACAAAGAUGGGAUGUGGGAGAUGACGAAUUCUUAGAGCUUAAGUUCUUGGAAUUAUCAAACAUGGACGUUGUACUCUGGAAGGCCUCCUACAAACCCUUUCCUAAGCUUGAACAACUUGUCAUUGAAAAUUGUUCUGAACUUGAGGAGAUCCCAUUUAGUUUUGGAGAGAUUGAAGGCUUGAAGUUGAUUCAAUUGAGGAGGUGCAGCUAUGAUGUGGAAGAUUCUGCUCAACAAAUUCUCCAGGAACAGCGGGAUUCAGGAAAUCCGGAAUUUGAUGUACUUAUCUUGCAUUGAUUUCGAGAUCCAGAAUAUCUAUGCACUCUUAUUACCUAUGUUUGAAGUCAAAACCUCUGUUGAUCCAUCGAAUUUCAUGGUUGUUGGAUUUGGACAUGCUGUCAUGGCUUUAUAUGCACCAAGUAAGAUGGUUAUCAAGAUUGUAUCAUAUUCGGACAAGAUUUCAAGCAUAUUGUUCACUUGUGGUGGUCUAUGAGGCCUAUUUGUUCCAACCAUCUGUGUGGAUUACUGGUAAUGUUGCUCAGAUAUAAUCUAUUUGUAUACAUACCAUUCUGGGACAAUUGUAAACCUACGCUCUUGUGGUACUAUGUAACAAAGAAAGAGAAGCAGGAAGGAGUUUAUGUUUACAA